AUGGCGGGCUACACGGGUUUCUCGUGUGGCAAGUGUGAUCAGAGAUACGUUAUGCUGCCGUUCAAGGCUAUCACUGGUCGUCCUCCGCGUCAAGUUAACACUGCCGGCCGAUGGUUCGCCAGGAUGAUCAUGUUCACGGGUCAGCCUAGCUUCCUUCCUCAAGGACAUAUCCCACGUCAUAGUUCCGCUCUCAUGCCGCAAUAA